CUCGCCACUUCCAAGACCCGUUUGGCUGUGAUGGGGGACAGCAGCAGAGGCGGCGGUCGCAAGCACAGCAACCAGAACCUCCGACCGACAAGGGGUGGAGGCGGUCAUCACAUACCGAAUGCAGCGCCAAAUGCAGGCAUCAAGAGCGGCAUGACCGUCGAGGACUUGAAACGCUUGACGCAAAAGCGAAUGCAAGAAUCUGCUAUUGCAGCGGCGGCGGCAGUUGCUGCGAAUGUAUCCGUUCAUGCAGGAGAAGUCUUGACGCCCAAAGCACGACCUACCAUCAGCGUCCCGCUCGGAACUCCGCAGCACGCGGUACCUGCGCCAUGCGCUGUGUUUACUCCAAAGACGGGCAUGUCUGUGCAGGAGCUGAAACAGUUGACGACACUGCGCUUGGCGUCGCAACUCACGCCGACUCACCAACAGCAGCAACAACAGCUUCCACUGACUCCAACGGCUGCAUCGAAUGGGAUCAAUACUCACUCGAAUGAUUACAAGUCCAUGCUUCAGCAAUACUACUCGCGAGUGAACACACCGACGUCGUCGCCAGGAAAUACUCCAAAGCGACUGGGUGGUCGGUCCUUCACCACCGACCACCAGACAAGUCAGCAGCAGCAGGCAUCGCCAAAUAUUCACUUGCCGAAUCCCGGGCAGGCCACGACGCGAGCGGCGGCCGUUAGUGCAGAUUCCCGUCAACGCACGCAGUCCAUCGACAACCGUCGACCGGGCUACACGCCAGAUUUCCACCAAGUACAGCAGGUGGAACCUCAGUCGUUUUCUCCGCGGCAUAUGAACAACAGCCAGCGCCAUCCCUACGAUGCCAUUCCGGACCCGCCACCGCCAUUGUCUGGCUAUUCGACAUUGGGCCGACAGGCUGUCCAUUUCGAAGCCGACUCGUUCCCGCCUCCGCCUCCAGGCGACGACCUGGGCUCCUUUGGCGUCCCCACGGCACUUCCCUCGUGGUCCCCUCCCCCGAUGCGGACGAAAUCCCUGCAGGACUCACGUCCGACGCUCUCUUUGUACCAUCACCAGCCGGGAUUCUAUCCCCCGCCGGCCGCGCCUGCAUCGGACGACUACGACCAGUCGGGUCCAAACGGCGCGUUCCCGCCACCUCCUCCCGGCCUCACUCGCCGUCCAUCCAUGACGGUGCCGUGGCAGGUGGCCGAGUCGGUUUUGCACACUCCCCAGCAGCCGACGGGGCGGAAACAAAUUGUGUCUGUGCCUGAAACGCCAUUCCAUCAGUUUGCCCAGGCGUACCCCCAAACGAAGGGCGGUCUCCCGAACGGCGCUCCGAGUCCCCCGCGCAUGCCGCUUCAUCGCGGAACGUCGGGAACGUCGGCUGCGGCGGCGGCAGCCGCUGCAGAACUGAAUGCCACUCCGCUAGUCCGCCAAUCCAGCAAGGACCCGAGCAGUGCCGUUGCACAGCCUCAAGUGACUCGCCGUGGCAGUUUUGGCAAUGCAGCGCAAAUGUACCGCUUCCGCCGACGCAGCAAAAGUCGACUGGACGUCGCACGGGAUUUAGCCCUGUUGGAAUUGAACGGCGAAGACGGCCGGUACUUGUCGGCGGAGGAGCGGGACUUGAUGUUGCAGCAGCAAGGUGGCGAGGACGGGUAUGGGCCAGAGCGCUUCUCGGCAUCGGACCUUGAGGACCUGAAAGCGUCGGAUGAUUUUGUGCCCUAUUUCAACCACCGAGGCGGUCCAAAGCUGUCGAUUCCACCGCCUCCCCCACCGAUGGAUGACGACUGCGACAGCGACGAAGCGGGGCUCCCCAUGAUGAGUCCAAACGGUGCCAAGCUUCGGAAAGUUGCCCAACUGGCCCGGAGUGGCAGUCUGAGCAGCGAGGACAAGACCCGGGUCAAAGAUGAAAUCAUUCAGAACUCACUGGGCAUGAUGAGUUUACUCCCAGACGACUUGACCUCGGCUCCCCCCGGCUUUGCGCCGCAGGGGGGGGGAUGGCAGAAGCCGAAAAAGUCGCCGAGUCGACCGCCCGGCAUAGUCCGCGGUCAUCCCCGUGCCAUGUCGACGGACAGUUCGGCAAAUCCUGUGAGUUUAGAAGAUCGCCUGGCGUUGGCGGCCCAGCGUGUCGCCGAGUGUGUGGCCAAGGCGGACAUGGUCGAGUUCCAAAAGGCGAUGGAUGUCCUUGACAAGCUGCGCCACGAAGCCAACCAGUUAAUGCAGCAAUAAGUAGAUAGAUCCGUUCAACCACGGUGGGGGGCCGUCGAUGUAGAUGAAAUGUAAUACUUGUGGCCCGUCGAUGGCCUCCCCACAUCAUCCGAAAUAUUCAUCCAAUACACUACGAAUUCCACGGCGAGUCUUUCAUGCGUUGAUCUCUGUGCAGUCGAGGCAUAGUCGUCCAUUGACAGCCGCUAGACACGGACAGUCCACGACUUGGAGGGCGAUGGGCAUGGCAUUGGCGCCAAGAAUUCUGAGCCGAAGGAGAUGCAUGUGGCCGGAGGUGACUGAGGACACUCUCCAGUAUCCAACGCUCAGGCGGCUGCCUUGCUGGUUCGUCUGGGCCACGAGACACUCCUUCGACGCAGAGAAUUCGUCGCACUUCUGUGGUGGACUCGCUGCCAGGGCCCCGUUGUCACGGCUAUAGCGGAACAGCCAAGGUCGAUCUCGACAAGUACCAGCAUCUAUCGUUCGAUUCGAAGGUUGCGCCGGUCGUGCUGCUGCGCGGGGUGCGGAGGGAGGGUGAUCUCGAGGCUCAAACCGCAUUGAAAACCAUGCGACAAACGAUUAACUUAAACUGGGACGAUCGAUGUGCUGAGGGUCGUUAGCGCACGGGGACGGCGUGGCCGCUGCCGGGCUGGUUGAUUCGACGCGGUUUUUCCUUGACGUUGUGUGUUCGCAGCAACUGGCGGAGGGCGUGCAAUUCGUCCUUGUAGCUGAAGAUGGACGACGCUUCGUCCCAGCAAUGCUUGUUCCAGUUAAGGACGACCGUUGCCCAUUCCUCUUGGGUCUCGGGGGUCGACGCGGCAAAGAGGAGGCGUUGGUCGUGCUCGAGCUCGGGUGGAAACAAUUUGCUCAUCGCUUGCUUCUUCGCUUCCAACGUUCGCUUGCGGCUCGAAAUGACAAAUCGGUUCGGGAGCGACGACAAGUCGUUGCGAAUGAGGCUCGCGUUCACUUUGUUCCCCGAGAGUUGGAGCUCGCCGAGGAGGACGCCGCCCUUGCCGUUGUAGUAUUGCAACGUGCCUUCUUCGAGGAUGCAGUACACGAUGCACCCGUACUCGUCGUCGAUUUUGAUCAGGUACCCUUCGAUGCUGCCGCCGUUCGACAUUGUAUAUCGUGGUCGACUGGACAGAGAGACUGCGAGCGACCUGCGGGCGCGGGUGAGGAACGCACAAUGACCGCUGUGGGCCACCCCACCGGGUUGUUGGUUC